GCCAGAAGAGAACAUCCUCUUCCCCAAUAAAACAGGAGCAGCCGCAGCUUGGAAGAGCAGUGGAGAAGUUGGCCAGAUCUGCAGGAAGACCACACUGUUGUUCCUCAGGCUAAGAAAGCAGCACACAGAAUCUCUCUGGAUCCCUGUCAUAAAUAUAAAGGGAAGGGUACACACCUUUAAAAUUCCUCCUGGCCAGAGGAAAAACCCUUUCACCUGUAAAGGGUUAAGAAGCUAGGAUAACCUCGCUGGCACCUGCCUAAAAUGACCAAUGAGGAGACAAGAUACUUUCAAAAGCUGGGAAGAGGGAGAACAUCAAAGGGGUCUGUGUCUGUCUGGGAGAGGCUUUUGCCGGGGACGGAACAAGAAUGGAGUCUUAGAACUUAAUAUUUCAAGUAAAAAUGGAAAGCUGGAUACAGAAAGAACAAACCGAUGCCCCAGGGGAUGUCGGCCGCUACACUGGGGAAUCAGAACUGAGAAUCAUCCUUGUAGGUAAAACUGGAGCUGGGAAAAGUGCAACAGGAAACACCAUCCUUGGCAAGAAAGUGUUUGAGUCCAAACUCUCACCAAAGUCUGUAACUGCAAACUGCAGUAAGGGGGCAAGAAUCUGGAAUGAGAGGAAUGUGGUGGUGGUUGAUACUCCUGGCAUUUUUCACACGCAUGUACCAGUGGAAGAAACUUGUCGAGAGAUCAGUCGCUGUAUUGUAGCCUCCUCCCCAGGGCCCCAUGCCAUUGUUCUCGUGGUGUCACUGAUCCGUUACACUGAGGAGGAAAAAAAAGCAGUCAAACGAAUACAAGAUAUUUUUGGAGCUGAGUCCAUGAGGUACGUGAUCCUGUUAUUCACUCGGAAAGAUGAUUUAGAUGGUACCGAAUUAGAAGAGUUCAUAAAAGACUCUGAUGCCCAAGGCCUUUGUGAGCUGGUAGGAAAAUUUGGAAAACGAUACUGUGCAUUCAACAACAGAACAACCGGAGAAGAACGGGAUGCCCAGGUUAAUGAGCUGCUGGAGAUGGUAGAUAAGAUGGUGCAGGAGAACGGAGGCACAUAUCACACGAAUGAGAUGUAUAACUAUGCUGAGAAGAAGCUUCAAGAGAAAACAGAGGAGCUGAAAAAAGCCUAUGCAGAGCAGCUGGAAAGAGAGACAGAGAAAAUAAAACGUGAUUAUGAGAAGCAAAUUAAACAACUCAAGGAAGAAUUAAAAAUAAGGGAUGAAGAACAAAAGCAGUAUCAAGAUGAAAAGGAGAGGAUAAUGUGGGAGAAAGACAUGGCAGAAAAGGAGAUGGUUUUGCAACAACAAAAAUUGAGACUUUUAGGAGAAAAAGAGAGAGAUUAUGCUGCAAAACAAGCAGGAGCCAGGGAAGAAGCUGAAAGUGAUAUAAUAUGUAAAAUGCUUUUGGAUGCAUUUAAAUUUGCUUUUGAAGUAAUUAUGGGUUGGUUUAAUGAUAACUGAGCUACAUUUAUCUUCUUUAUCCUGUUAUUCUGAGUCUAUAAAAGUCACAAAUGAAGUUUCACUGCUUGUUACACGUACGGACCCCAACAUUCUGCAUUUUAGGACCAAAUUCAUCCCUGGUGUAGCUCCACUGAAGCCAGUAGAGCUACACAAGGAAUGAAAUGGGCCCUUAAUUGCUAAGAUACUUUCUCCCUUGUGCUAGUGAAUCUAUCACAUGCUUUGAUAAUCUGUUCCAAAGGCUAAUUGCUAUCACCGUUAUAAUGCAUGAAUUCAAUGUGUGCAAUGUAAUUACAUGACUUAGUAUAAACAUGAACAAUAUACCUACAUGGUAGAAGCAAUAUAUAUUGCCAUGUACGCAUCUGCUAUGCACUAUGCACUGCUGGGCUCCUGCUCCAGGAACACUUCAGGAAGCUAAUAAAGAAAUAGUUGACUUGUAGAUUCCUUGGUAGAUAAACAGAAAAUUUGGGAAAUAGAAACAGGAGACCCAGUCUGAGAAUCAUACAGGUGAAGAACAGCCUGGAAAGGAAUUACCACAGUUUUUGUACAUUAGUUUCUAAUCACGAAGGAGAAUGAGGAAGAGGAAUGGAAUGGAAUGGAAAGGAAAAGACACUGUGACUUUAGUUAUAACCUUUACAAGAUUCCAAGAAAGAGAAUUUGUGCUGGGAGAAACUAUAAACAGGUAAACCGCUAUUCCAAGGUGAGCAGAUAUGUGUUUGCUUAGACCAGAACCUAGUGCAAGUGCAGAGUGGAAUAAAUAUAGACGCCUGCUUACCAGAAAGGGACUUAAUCCAAGGGUGUGGUACCCUGCAAAAGUCAUUCCUUAGUAUGAUGGGAGAAAGAGUUUCUUCACUACUCCACAAGACCUGAAGCAGUUUUUUGGCAGCCCAUCCAGCAUGAGAGGCUCAGAGUGAGGCUAUGUCUAUAUUAUGACCUGGGGUGUGAUUCCCAGCUUGCGUAGACAUACUCGCGCUAGCUCUCCUUGAGCUAACACACUAAAAAUAGUACUGUAGCCAUGUCAGCAUGAGCAGCGGCAUACGCUAGCCUCCCUGAGUAUAAACCCGCCUGAACCCCGCUGGGGUGCACUCAGGGUGGCUAGCCUGUCCCGCUGCUGCUGCCCAUGCAGUCGUGACUAUUUUGAGCACGCUAGCUGCACGAGAGCUAGCAUGAGUCUGCCAGUGCAAACUGGGAAUCACACCCCUAGCUCCGCAGGUUAGACAUAGCCCAAGACUCCCUCUCCAGUGCUGGGCCCCGGGGGAAGGCAGAGCACAGUGUGAACUCCCCUUACAUACAUUCCUUUAGACAUGAGUGCCUGGGACUCAUUGUUUUCCCUCACUAUUAUUACAGGUGGUGGUUGGUUGACUCCAAUUUGCAUAAUGUAUUUAUAUGGAAAUACUUGAGAAGGCUUUGUUAGUUUGUUUUUUAAAGCAGAAAAAAUGGAAAGCUGUUACUCUUUUCUGCAGUGAAGUACUCAAUAGUAUAAAAUUGAAUCAUUUCAAUCAGAGUAAAUUUAAAUUCAUUUAUCGGUUUUGUUCCCUUUUUUAAAAAUUCCUGUGAAAAUCGCAUUGUAGGUUUCAUGUUUUUGUCUCGCCGUAUCUCCAGAUCAAAUUUGCUCACUCUAGGUAUUUUUUUCCAUUGUUAGUACUGCAAACCCAACCUGGGAACUGAAAGUUAAACCUGAUUCUUUCUGAUUUAUCUUUCACUAGUCAAUUAAGGAGUUAGAUAACAAUUCAGCUGUAUUACUUACUAUUGCAAAAUUGGGCUAGGUAGGAGUGCCAAGGGUUUAGUUAGCUUACUAUGUGACAUCUGUGUGCAUUCUAUGCAAGGUUUUGUGGUGAGGUUUGUGAGUAAUAGACAUCUAGAACUGAAGGUGCAGAAAUAAUUGCUUUUGAUUUUAUUUUUAUUUUUCAUGCUGUUUUU